CCAAGUGGCUGGCAGAGAUAAUGGGCGCGUGGGGCAAGCAGUUUGCGGGGUGGCAGAAGUACGGGUUGUGUGCGACCGCGUGGGGUCUGACCUGCACGGACGUGUCGGGGCGAGUUUCUUCCAUGUCUCUCCCAUCGCAGCAGCUGAGUGGAGGUAUCCCAUCCGCCAUAAGCCUCUUGACCUAUCUCACACGCCUGGACUUGAGCUCCAACCAGCUCUCCGGCCCCCUUCCUGACUUCCUUGGGGCGCUGCUCAACCUUCAAUACCUAGACUUAAGCAGCAACUCGUUUGACGGAACCAUUCCCAGCAGCUUCAGCAACCUUGUGAACCUGCGAUCGCUCUCUCUGCACCACAAUCAAUUAUCGGGCCCCAUUCCCCCUUUCAUCGACCAAGCCAAGCUCCUCUCCCUCGU